AGUUUCUCUCCUGCAAGACGUGCGGAUAUUUCUAUUGGCAGUGUCUGUAACCAGGUUGAAGAAACUUCAUUUUGAACUUGGCCACAUAGGCUUUGGCCACACAGGCUCUUCAAAUCCUGCCUCUCGCCUGCAAGACAUACGGGUAUUUCUACCGGUGGUGCCUGUAACCAGAGGCUCAAAAUACCCUGGCACUGUUAGUAUUACCGUACCUUUUUCGAAAAAGUCAUAAAAAGAAGGGUAAGGACGGUAAAUUAUGGACGCCCGACCAAAAAGAAAUCCAAGAAGGAUUUAUUCAUUAUAUUCAGUGCCGAUCGAAUGGCUUCUCAUCCUCUCUGCCCCAUGCUGCCAGUUUGAAAAUCCACCAUCAAUCAAGGCUUGCUUGGAUUUGAGGGAUCGUGAGUCAAAACUGAGUAUCAAUUUUCAUUCACACGCUUCAGUGCAGACCUUGCAGAUUCCAUUAUUGUCGAGGUUAAGUUCGAGUGAGGGAAAAUUCUCUUGCCAGACUUCAAAACUAGAAGGCACCGAUGAGUCAGUUACAGGUGGCUCUGGAAAUAUGAUUCCAAAAUGUAGCCGAUUUACUUCCAAAAAUUUCUAAAGUGAAACUCCCCUUCCCUCGUUCUUAUAGAUUUUAUGUACUUUUAUUCUAAUAAUGGAAAAUAAUACACCACAAUCGUGUAAAAAUACUGGAAAACAUAACAACUAAUUAAUAGCAAUAAUUUUAAAAUCAAAAAGACU